AUGGCGCCCGACCCCUCUCUCGCCUCGGACGAAAAACGGGCCGCCCGAGCAGCCCGCUUCUCCCAAGUCCUCCCCGGAAACCGCUACAAAGAGCUCGAAGAACUCCGCCAACACGAGCGCAAAGCCUUUGAGCAAAAAGGGCUCAUCAAAGUUGGCAAGACGGAACUCGAAGAUGCCGUCGACUUGAGAGGUACUUGCGAGAGGAUGUGUAGUGAUUAUGAGCGGGAGUUUCGGGAAUGGACGAGGGAGGUUAACCCUUUUGAAUCUACGCCGGAUAGAAGGAUGGACCCUGCAAAAGCCGUAGCAGCGUACUCGAGAUCCGACGCCGGUGCAGGCCACGGCGACUCCGCCAUCCUCCCCUCCGACCUCCGCACCCCCCUAACCCUCAUGAAAACCCUCGACUACCUUUUCUCCUCCGUCAUGCCCACCCCCCCUCCAACCACAUCCAUAGCGUCCCCCGCCGACUCUGCUCGUAAAGCGCUGGGGUACACGGCGGGUUUUAUAAGAGAUCGGACGCGUGCUAUUAGGAAAGAGUUUGCGAUGCAGUCGAGUUGGGGGCAUGAGGAGGCUAUAGCGAGUUUUGAGAGGAUUGCGAGGUGGCAUAUCCUCUGUCUGAGAGAGCUGCAGGAGGAGGGGGGGACGAAUAAUGAUAUGCAUAUCGACUCUGCCGAGCUCGGGAGGUGCUUUGUCAGUCUUCGACAACACUACAAUGACAGAAGAGAAGAAUCCGGCCUCGAACUCCCAUGCGCCAACGAACCCGAAUUCCGCGCCUACAUGCUCAUAUACGACCUCACCAGCAAAUCCGUAUCCAUCCCCACUGCCGAGCUGCCCACCAUCAUCCUCGACCACCCGCUCGUCAAACUCGCGUGGGACAUCCGGCGCUCGGCACAGCGAAACUUUGAUUCGCAGAAGGAAGGAUCGAAGCUUAAUGCAGAGCUGGGGGCGAAUUUGAUUACGAGGUUUAUCAAGUUGUUGAAGCAGGUGAAAGUACCGUACCUGCUGGGAUGUUUGGUGGAGAUCCGUCUUCGCGAGAUACGGCGCUCAGCCCUGCGUUCCCUUGUAAGGUCUUACCCCCGUCUGAGGACGGAACCUGUCAGGACGAACGAAUCCGGCGAAAUCGUAGAGCGCAAGAUGAUCCUCUUAUCCACACUCAACAAUCUCCUAGGUUGUGAGCCUCAAGACGAAACACCCUCCGCAUGGGACGACGUCCCUCCCACAUCAUCUUCUCCCUCCGACGAAUCCAUCUCCAUAGUCGAAAGAUUCAACAUCCCCACCUACACCGACCCCUCCGGCACCACAAUAGGCGCAUUGAUCAACCUCGGGACCCCAUUCAACGAUAACAAGGACGCGCCCUACACCCGCCGGUGGGCGUUGGUCAGCGGGAAGAGGGGGGAUGCGGAUUUUGUGGAUGUUGUCAAUGGGAGGAAGGGGGUGGGGUUGGGGGGUGGGGCGGCGGAGGCGCCGGCGCAGGUUGGUGUCCCUGGUGGCACAGCCAAGCCGACUUUUGGGUUCGCGAGACCGAAUGCUAUACCUGCUGCGCCGAAGCCGGAGCCAGCCGCACCAGCACAAGCACAAGCAAAGCCGGCGUUCAACUUUCAACCUCCCCCUCCUUCAGUGGCCAAGCCGCCGACGCCAGCGGUGUCUGCGUUCGGAGCAGCACCAGCUGGACAGUCGGCAUUCAGCUUCAAGAAGCCUGCUCUUCCGCCUUCUGCUGCUCCUUCUGCUUUUUCUGCUCCAGUACCAGCUGGAGUUGCAGCGCCUGCUUUUGGGUCUAUAAAAACUCCAGCACCAGUCCCGACUGUUCCAAAAUCUGCCCCAGCCCCAGUAGAGUCGGGCGAACGGGCAAUCCCCAACUUUUUUUCCAAACCUUCCACCCCUGCGCCUCCACCAUCCCUACCCCCUCCCCAGCCUUCCACCACACCCAAGACGGAACCUCCCAGUUCUUCUGGUAUGAACGGGGUGGGAGGCGGGGGCACGAAAGCGCCUUUCUCAUUCGGCCUUCCACCACCAAACAUGGCCGAAAGAAAAGAAGCGGGGAAGGAGGUAAAGCAAGGGGAAGGGGAAGAUAGGAAAGGCAAACGGCGAGCAGAUGAUGAGUCUGCAGAGAAGAAGCCCAUGUUCACGUUUGGCGCACCUAAACCCACAGAACCGUCCGAAAUGUCGAGUAAACCGGCUGCCGCUGCUGUGGGUGGUAUGGCCGACGCACCAAAAUCGACGUUCAGCUUCACCACCCCUGCACCGCCGACGACGACGAGCACCCCGGCGGGACCGAGCCUGGGACAAGUUGAAGUUUCUGCCAAAGCGCCCUCACCUCCGCCUACUCCCAUUGUCCAUGCGAGGAAAGAUCCAUAUCUGCUCUUAUCCACCUCCGCCCCUCCCCGUCUCUCCAAAUCCACCUCCAAACCACUAUCCGAGCUGCACACCGAACGUCUCCAGCGCAAAGCCGCUUUACCAGCCAUAACCGACCUUCUCUUGAUUCAAGUUAUGCAAGCCAUGGUCCAAGACCAUCUGGGGGUGGAGGUGGAGGGGAUGGUGAAUCAGCAAAUGGCUGAGAGGAAACAUGUACAAAUGAAGAGAUGGAGGAAGGAAGCUAUAGGGCAGUGGUCACAAUCCGUCUUUACCGACCUGAUCGCGUCCGAGAUCCGGGCUGUUGCUCGGAAAGCAGUGGUGAGAGAUUUGAGAAAGAGAUACAUCCUCCGCCGGGCGGUGCAGCACUGGCAAGCCUGGGCGAAAGAGCGGAGGGAAAGGAGAGAGAUGGCGGUAAAGAAGAGGGAAGAGAUGUAUGAUGAACUGCGGGCGAUGGGGUUGAGUCGGUCGGUCGCUGCUUGGGGGGUACAGCCUGUAGGGAGUGGGUCAGAGUUGGGGGAUAUGGUGGCUAGUACGCGGACUUGGGGUAGGAGCUUGGAGAUGAGGUCGGGGAUUGAUACGGCUAGGGAUAGUUUGACUAUUGAUAUUGAGAUGACUCAGGCGGAGAGGAAUAAAGACAACUUUUUCGCCCCAUCCACCUUUUUGCAAGCUAUCGCCCGGCACAUCUCGCCACACCUCUCCCCAUCCAGCCCCUUCACCCCCCACAUCCCAUAUAACUUUAUCACCCUCCUCUCUGUCCCGCCAGCAGAAACCGACCACUUCGGGUCCGCCCCGGAUAGUCAAGUCCAAGAGUGGCUUGUCAAAAAGUUUACGGCAGGGGACGAGGGGGUACAGAUGGGCGGGGUACAUUUUGGUACGAGCGUGGUGAAGGAUGGGAAAGUGGGGAGGCAGGGAUGGGUGGGGUUGGUGGUGUUUGAGGCGCCUGUCAAGACGUCAGAUUCAAAGAAGGCGCAAGAGAAUGUCGCUAGCGCUCAAGAUAGGAUAGGAGCUCUGGUCAAGCUUCUGAACAGCUCUACGAAUCGAUAUAGCCCUCCCCUGAUGGUGCUCACUUGGGAGGACGAAACGCUCGCUGACCUCGCCGCCAGACUCGAGAUCCAAGAUGAAUUAUCGGCUUUUGAGACCAAAGCUCUCGUCUCGCUUGAAGUAUCAAAUGACUUGGAUACGCGAUUUGUCCAAGCCAUUGAGGCGUUGUACGAGUCUGUGGAUGUCAAGGAGCAGGUGGUUGUCAGAUUACAAGACGUUGUCGAAGCCGUGCACUUUUCGUGGGAUCAGUUCUUGGACGUGGCCGGUAUGGUUGUGGCUCAGCGGCCCAAAAAUUUGGACGCAGCUUGGACAUGCCUGCGGUCGGGCAUUGAUCUUAUCAAUCAAUUUGCCCAGCUUACUACAGCUUCGGUUGGGUCUUCUGGUUUGCUUGAUGAUACAGACUUUGAACCUAUCAUCUUGCCAAAGCUCCAGGAUCAGACAUUUGAUUUACCGCCAAAGUUUGUCGAAUCACUCGCUGAGUACUUUGAAAGCGACACCUUGGUCGAACUGGACGAGCUCAACCUGCUAUUGACCCAAGUAUCGUACUGCUCUCAGAACGGUGCAGCCAUUCCCAUUGUGGUCAUUCUGAGAUCACUCUCAUCCUUCGUGUUUGGUGAACUCCGACACCAAUCCCUCUUCCCCCGAGUCUUCCUCCCCACACCAACCGGCGUUCGUACUUGGCUUCAGUCUUACAUUGACAGCUUAUCGCGCCAGUACGAAACAUAUUCAUCACAAGCUAUACAACAGCUCGUGUCCCUUGCGCCACCAUCGCCGGUCGCGGUAACCAUAGACAUAGACAAUGGCGCCCUUUUGGAGAACAAAGCUGGGGGAAGGAAAAGGACGCGAGAGAAGAGUGAUAGUGGGCCGGGGAAGGUCAGAAAGGAGACGAAAGCCAACAAGGUCGCGAAGCUGAUGAGGGCGAUGCGAAGAGCAGAAAAGUCUCUCGGCGGAGAGGACGUAGCGUAG